AUAAUUGAAGAAAGGUGAAUAAGCGAUAACAUCAACUAUCAAGGCUACAAAGUGCGUUUUUAAGCGAUGGCAUAACGCCAUAACAGCGAGCCAUGUCUUACUUUGACGUGUUUGGUGAGCUUGGCGACGAGCCCCCGCCUCCGAAGAGGACGGAGACGGAGAAGGAGACCGUGAACAAACAUGGGCUGUCGACAUCGACGAGCCUACCGACGGAUCCCGUGAACGGUAACGACGUUCUGAACUGCGAACAGUGUGGCGAGAAUGGUGACGUCAGUGACGCUGGUGGCGUCGAUGAUAAUGGUGCUGGUGACAAUGAUGUCAGUGCGUCAGCUCAACCCGAUUCGGGUGGUGGUGGCUGGAGGUCGAACGACCCCACGCCCACUCCUCAGGACGUUGGUGGGGAGGAUCCUCCCGCCGCUGACGCGCCAGGGAGCCUCACGGCCGCUGAGGAGGCUGCUGAAAAGACUGAUGUCGUACCAGUGUUUCCUACAAGGACAGACGAGUUAUCUCGACCCAAACUAACCCCCGACGGCAAGAGCAUCCUACCACGACUUCGGUUAACCUCAGUUGACGACAACGGCCACACUUUCGACGUGGAGGAUGACGUAUUCCUCUCGGGAGGACCGCUGGAGGACCACCCGGAUCACGACGAUGAUGAAGAGGAUGCCUCCACCCCAGACACCGACAUCACAGAGGCUGCUGCACUGGUGCUGGAGGAGCCUCCUGCUGAGGAUCCGCCCUGGAGCAGCAGCUCGCUGCCCAUGAGGCUGUUCAGGGACGGAUGGCACGGGCUGUCCAACCUACUGGUCAGCAUUCACCACCACCGGCGAGCCUCGGACGGACUGAUCGAGACGGACGCCAAGAGUCUGAACUCGCUCUCCAACACGUCUGGCCACAGCCGAAAGUCGUCCGACACCUCCCAGAUCUCUGUGGCCUCGGUCACCAGCUCCGGUCAGGGUCAGGACAGCACCGCCGAGCCGGAGGAGGAUGCCUGGGUCGUCUGGGGACGCAUCGUCAACGAGUGGGACCUCCACUGGAAGAAGAAACAGCAGCAGGUCAAGGACCUGGUGCGCAAAGGGAUCCCGCAUCAUUUCCGCGGCAUCGUCUGGCAGCUUCUCUGCGGAGCCCACAACAGCCCGGUCAAGGCCAAAUAUGCCGAAUUCAUCAAGGCAACCUCCGCAUGUGAAAAGUCUAUCCGGCGGGACAUCGCUCGGACCUACCCAGAGCACGACUUCUUCAAGGAGAAGAACGGCAUGGGUCAGGAGAGCCUCUUCAACGUCAUGAAGGCGUACUCUCUGCACGACCGAGAGGUCGGGUAUUGCCAGGGCACCGCCUUCAUCGUCGGACUACUGCUCAUGCAGAUGCCCGAGGAGGAGUCGUUUGCCGUCCUCGUGAAGCUGAUGGAGGACUACCGGAUGCGCGAGAUGUUCAAACCCUCCAUGUCGGAGCUCGGAGUCUGCAUCUACCAGCUGGAGGUCCUCGUUCAGGAGCAGCUGCCGGAGCUUCACGGCCACUUUGCCUCGCAGUCGUUCCACACAUCCAUGUACGCCAGCUCCUGGUUCCUGACUCUAUUCACCACGGCUCUGCCCCUGCCGCUGGCCAGUCGAGUCAUGGACUGGUUUCUGUCGGAUGGCAUGGAGGUGAUAUUCCGGCUGGCUGUGGCUGUGCUGACCGUCGGGAAGACGGACAUUCUCAGUCAGGAUAUGGAGGGGAUGCUCAAGUAUUUCCAAAAGGAGAUGCCGGCAAGGUUCGAGUCCGACCCCGAGACCCACUUCACCCUGGCGCAAAACGUCAAAUACAACGCCAAGCGGAUGAAGAAACUCGAAAAGGAGUACACUGUGAUGAAAACCAAAGAGCACGAAGAACAAGUGGAGCUGAGGCGUCUCCGCACGGAGAACCGCCUGCUCCGACAACAAGUCGAGUAUCUGGAGGCCGAGUCUGUGGCUCUGGCCGACCGGCUGAUCCAGGGCCAGGUCUGUCGGGCCGAGGAGGCUGAGCACAGCUAUGUCAUCCGGAGGGAGCUCGAGGCGGUCAGGCAGCACAGUGGCGAGACGGCUCAGCAGCUGGAGGAGGCCCGGGCGCGCAUCCAUAAACUGUCGGAACAGAUGAACGAGUCGAGCUCCAACGAGGACUCGCUACAGGAGCUCUCGCUGAAGACGGAGCUACUCCAACAGAAGGAGGAGCUGAUGCGCUGUCUUCAGGAUGAGCUGGUCAAAGUGCGACUGGAACACGCCGAGAAUGAGGCCACUAUUCGCGAACUGAGCGCCAGAUGUGACCAGCAAGAGAAGGAGCUGAAGGCGCUGAAGGACCAGCCGCCCGAGGACCCGGUGGCCGCCCUCCAGGAGGAGCUGGCGGCCGCCAAAGUGCGCGAGGCCGAGGCCGUUCUCUCGCUGAAGGAGCUCCAACAGACCGUGGCAGACCUGAACGUCAUGUGGAAACGACAUCUGGAGGAGAAGGAGAAACUCAAACAAUCCGUGGAGGCGGCCGGGGCGGGCGGCUCGGACACGCCCACCCUGCGUACCCCCACGGCCGCGCGCAAGCUGCUCUUCUGGACUGCGAGUGGCGAGGACACCAGCAAACUGCAGGACGAGCUGAUGUCGUCGCGACUGAAGGAGAUCGAGGCAGUGGCGGAGAUGAAGCAGAUGACGAACAAGAUGAUGGAGAUGGAAACGCAGGUCCAGGUGACGACCAAUCAGCUGCGACGACAGAGCGAGGAACACAAGAAGACCGUGGAGCGGCUGGAGAUGUUCGAGUCCGAGAACAAACGACAGGCAGAGGAGAUCAAGGACUCGCAGAGGAAAUUCUCCGAUCUACAGACCAAGAUGAAGGAGGAGUUGAUGCUGGCACGUAUUCGAGACGCCGAACACACCCAGUGUAUGGCCGAGCUGACGCACAAGCUGUGCAACCUGGAGCUCAAGAACCACGAGCUGCUGGCAGAGGGAGAGCUGAACGGAGUCGGAGAGAGUGACCGAGUCAAGGAGCUCUCCGACAAGGUGGCUGACCUGAAGGCAGAGCUGCCUCUCACCUUCGCUCGCAUGCCCACUCUCUCCUCCAUGACCUCUCCGUCACCUCUCCCUUCUCCGAUGUUCGAGUGGGGCGGGCCGCUACCGGGCCUAUUUUUCCUCCGUCCAAAACAUCUAUAGCCUGCUCCUGGACAGAGUGGCGCCCGGAUAGAGGACAGAAUUCUGCAGCUGAAACACUCCAACCGGUCGCUCAACAACCAGGUCCAGAUCCACCAGAUCCUCACACCGCGCGUCAGCGUCGGCUCGGCCUCCGAGGAGGAGGAUCUCCGCCUCCGCCUGGAGGAGGAGAACGGAGCGCCGGGCCGACCCGACUCGGCUGACUCCGGGCCCGCCUCGGCGCCCCCCGCCCAGAGACUCGGCGUGGUGAGCUAGCAGGCGGCCGAGGGCGGUAGCCCGCACCAGUCGCCCUGGCGCCGCAUGGGAAUCCUCUCGUGGUAGAGGGGCCGGCGGGGAGGCUGGUGCGGACGCCCGCUCUCAACAGAGUGGACCGUGGAAUGGGAGGAAUGGGGAAUGUCGAAUGUGGAAUGUGGAAUGUAGGAUGUAAAAUGUGGGGUGAAGACUGAGCGUUACUGGGUUCAUGACGGGUUGUUUGAAGACAUGACAGCUACGGCGAGCAGAGUUGGGAGGGCAGUGCAGAGCGGAGGACGGCGUGCAGAGGAAGGGAAGGAGGAAGGUAGAGCGUUGGGAGACGGUAGUGGUGCUUCUGCAAUCUGCGGGACUCAAGUGUUGUGUGCUGGGGCGUGAAGGGUUAGUGUGUGAAUCUCACAGCGCGUACGGCCGCGUCAAAAUAAAUAGAACGACGCGCCCCAGUCAACGUUGGUGUUCUGUGUCGCCGCUAGGGGAUAAAUCAGCGCCACCGUCGUCCGUGCACCCAAGCGUUCGUCCGCCGCGUCUCCACCACCCGCCACGGUCGCUCGUGAGCACGUGUGCACCGUGACCGCCACGUGUGCACGUGUUCGUGUACCACGUGUACCGCUCGUGUAGCGCGGCCGUCGGCAGUCAGAUGGGCCCUCGGCCGCCCGUGUUUUGGUAUAGAGUUGAAUCUGUGAUACGCCGCUCUCGUUGUGCUGAUUGUUGUGCGCAUGCGCGGUGACCUUUGCGCCACCGACGAGACGGCGUUGUCGCCCCCCGGGGGCAGAAUGUGCUUUAAAGUGAUAUAACUACCUGUAAACGGCCCCGAUUGAGGUGGCCCCACCCGCCCGACCGGCCGUAGGGAGUUUACUAGAGUUCCCGCCCCGCGGCGCCACCGUCGUGCUGGUUGUGAUGGCGCCCCUGCAUUCCGGAGCUCCCGAAUAUGGCUGAUUUUGGGAGCGGUUUUUGAGAAGUUAGCUGGCCGACUUGUGAGGCAGACUAUAGAUAAUUUAUUAUUAUUAUACCCUCACCGUUGCGGCGAGGCCAGAGCUGUAUUUAUUGGCAAACCCAUGAUGUUUUACAGACCCAACAGUUUACAAUUUUGGUAAUGUAGUGUGUGCGCGUGCGUAACUCGCUUCAGCGGCCGCUAGCCGACGAAAUAACUGUCUGUUGCCGGUAGUGAGAAUUGAGUGGGUGUCCGCCGAACCGUUAGCCGUUGGCCCGAUGUCACGUCACGUUACGUCAGUCUGUGAUGACGUCACUCGCGUUACGUCACGGUCCCGUCCGCGUGUCGGGCGCUGUCGCCGCAUCUGUGAGGUGGCGACCACCCUGCCACCUGUCGGCGCCGCGCCCAAUUAACCGCGCCCGAUGUCGGUCUGUCAGUCAAUACAUGGAGCGCACUGAACAA